GAGCAGAGCAGAGCAGAGCAGAGCAGAGCAGAGCAGAGCAGAGCAGAGCAGAGCAGAGCAGAGCAGAGCAGAGCAGAGCAGAGCAGAGCAGAGCAGAGCAGAGCAGAGCAGAGCAGAGCAGAGCAGAGCAGAGCAGAGCAGAGCAGAGCAGAGCAGAGCAGGGGAGAGGAGAAGAGGGGAGAUGUUCAUAACGAGGAGGCCAGCGAAGGCUUCACCUCAUCAUCAUCACUCGACUGUGCCGCAGGAGAGCACUUGCUGAGCACCUCGCUUGAGGGAGACUACAAGUAUCAUAUCUCAUCAUGA